AUGGCGGCAAAAUUACCCAGUUGCAUUUCGACUGGUCUAUCUCAAAGACGAUGCUACAGCAUGGAAAAGGCCGAGAAUGCGUACGAGUUACCUAAAGGAAAAGCUCCUGAGAUAAAGAAUGACCCCGACUCAAAAGCCUCAGGCUUGACGUUUAAGUACGAUGAGGGUCGAAUAUAUUCAACGUCGGCUCCACCGAUGCCGUCUGAUGAAGAAAAUCGUCCCGAUGACAUGGACUUUGAUACAGACGGUGAACAAUCCACCGUUGAAUUAACAGGAAGUUUAACAGAUUUGAGCCAGGCCGACUUUAGAAAGUUACAGGUAGGAAAGCAUACACUCCAGCUGCCGACACUCCAUUCGUCCUCAAAGAAAUGCCGAGUAAACAACGACGUAAACAAAUAA